AUGGCCGGCCACAGGCGAACAGCAAGCAGUCACGCUGGGGUUGGCGGCUCCGGUCAGCCCAGACAGUUGCCCGGCUCGGCGUGCGAAGAGUGUCGCAAGCGCAAGUUGCGAUGCGACCGACAGCGCCCACAGUGCGGGACCUGCGCCGACGCCGGUAUCGUGUGUGAGGUCAACAACAACAGACUAGCUAGAGGGCCGAAGAAAGGUGACUUGAAGGCGCUUCGUAGUCGAAUAGGCACUAACAUAAAACCCCGCGCGACAGUCGCAUUAGAGCGACGCCUCAGUCUCGAUCACGGCGUCGAAGCCUUGACGCUUCUGACAGACGACUCGACCCUGGCGACAACAACAGCGGACAACCGAGCGACCACAUCGGGAUCAGAAGGAGGCUCCCCGCCACUAGUAUCACCAUGUCAGAAUCCGAUGGGCUGGGACAGUGAGAUGCACGUCAAGGUUCCUCCAUUAACCCCGACCUCCGCGCCUCUCAGCUUCUCGACAUUCAAGUUUCCGCCGACCCCUCCAUCACCAGUAGCAGGCACAUUCGUUGAUGACUUGAUGCGGGCAGACCUCGAUCAGCUGUACUUUGACAGAGUCCAUCCCAAUGUCCCAAUAUUCAACCAGUCUCGAUACUUUGCGAGGGCGCGCCAAACGCCCCCCUUGGACCGGCCCACCUACAUGCUCAGCCUCCAGUACGCCAUGUGGACCCUAGCCAUGGCGAUGUCGUCUCAGUUUGAAAGCUCCCGCGAGCCGCUGUACAAGGAGACGCGACAGAUGCUCGAAGCUCUUGAUUUGGCCGAUGACGAUCUGCAGCCAGUGCGGAUUGAGCAGAUACAAGCCUGGCUUCUUGUGGCGUUUUACGAACUAGCGCGCGCCAGCUAUCGUCGCGCUUCAAUCAGCGCCGGGAGAGCGUUCCGGCUCGUUCAGCUAGCGCGGCUACACGAGGUCGACAGCCCAUCCAACCCGACGGAGGAAGAGGAUCCUGUGGUCAAGGAGGAAAAGAGGAGGACGUUCUGGGUGGCGUAUUGUCUGGACCGGUUAAUAUCAAUGAAGAGCCGUGGGCCUCUGACUCUGGCCGAGGAAGUGGUGUGUACCCGGCUACCCUCCCCGGAGCUGGCCUUUCAAAGCGGUCAUCCCAUACCGGGCUGCUUUUUGCCAGAGGCUAUCGCGUCAGGAGAACACAACUUUCUUUCUCCACUCGCUGAAGCCGCUAUCGUGGUUACAGUUUGUGCUCGUCCGCUUGCCCACAGUCAAGCGGCUGAUGUAGAACGGGCGCUUGGGAACCAGUCACUUGACUUUUGGCUCCGCCACGAAUGGCUCGACAGCAUGUUGACGCGGACUCUCGACUCUCUGUCGAUCAAUACCCCUGUUGUUUCGGCUAUGGCAGACCCGAUGGUCUUUUUCGCCUUCAUGAUUGCCCACGCAACGACCAUUUCACUCUGUCAAAUCGCCGAGUCGACGGGAAUAGACGGGAACUGCCGGCCGACACUAGUUGAGUAUCAGAAUCGGGCAAUGCGGGCGGCGCGGGAGAUUGCGAGAAUGACCAAGGCGCACGAGCACAUUGGGUAUUUCAAGGCCCACAUAUUCAUGCCUCUGGCGGUGUCGCUCGGGGCGUCACACCUCGCUGCUGACCGUAAACGCCGCGUCGGUGAACGGUACUCGUACCAUCCCAGCCAGGGCUUAGAUGCCGAGACCGAGUCAGCGCUGGACGGUGAGCUCGAAAUCUGCAUGGACGCGUUGCGGAAGAUGCAGAGUUUCAACCAUUUGGCGAGGGAGCACUUGUCGAUUUUGGAGUCGCAGGAGUUUGUUUUUGUUGGCGGUGUCUGA